UUAUUUAUUCUUCUCAUUAGCAUGCAUGUGUAUACACGCACACAUAAAGGACAAAUUAGACAACUCGAACACCAUUAGCAGAUCAAUAUUACUUUACUUUCAAACCCUUUUCUUUCCUCAUUCCAGAACCUCAAAUGCAUGUGAUUCUAUGGUCCAGACCCAAAUUCGUUAUAGCUCAUCUCAAGCUCUUCAAGUAUAGAACUAGUCAUUCAUCAACUACCUUUCCCGCCACUUCCAAACCAAUCCACCCAGACCCGUUUGUCCAGCCUAAUCCGCACUCUCUCUCUCGCCUUCUGAAGCAACGCCCACCAAUCUCUCAUCUCGAACAAAUUCAUGCACAAGUUGUCACUCGAGCAUUAUCAUCGCAUUCUUCUCUGACUGACUCUCUCAUCCAUUGUUACCUCUAUGCUAAGAACCUCACCACUGCAAGAACCAUAUUCGAUCGAUAUCCUUUGUUUUCUCCGCCAAUUCUACUAUGGAAUCUCAUGAUCAGAGCUUACUCCAAACUCCAAAAUUCUCAAGAACCCAUCAAUCUAUUCCGUCAGAUGGUUGCGUUAGACCAUCCAUUGCUGGUUGUCCCGGACAAGUACACGUUCACCUUUUUGAUCACUUCUUGUGCUCAUCAAAUAUCGGUAUUAUAUGGAGAAAUUUUUCAUGGGUUGGUGUUGAAAAAUGGGAUUGGAUCUAAUUUGUUUGUGGGCAAUUCAUUGAUGAAUAUGUACUCUGUUUUUGGGAGAAUGGAAGAUGCCCACAAGGUAUUCGGUGGAAUGUCUGAAAGAGAUGUAUGCUCGUGGACUAGUCUGGUAUGUGGGUAUGCAAAUCAUGAGGAGAUGGAUAGAGCCUGUGAAAUCUUUGACUCAAUGCCUGUGCGUAAUGAUGUAUCAUGGGCUGUUAUGAUUUCAGGUUUUGUUGGACGUGAGAAGUACAUUGAAGCCCUAAGAUAUUUCCAAGAAAUGUUAUGUGAUGAAAAUGUGAAGCCCAAUGAGGCUGUUCUUGUUUGUGCUCUAUCUGCUUGUGCUCAUCUUGGAGCCUUAGAUCAAGGGAAUUGGAUUCAUGUCUAUAUAGACAAGAAUGGAAUUUUGGUGAGCUCAAACAUUUCCACUGCUCUUAUUGAUAUGUAUGCAAAAUGUGGGAGGAUAGAUUGUGCAAAUCGAGUUUUUUAUGGGCUUCCUCGACGUGAUGUUCUCAAUUUUACAAGCAUGAUUUCAGGGUUAUCAGUUCACGGGCUUGGUAAGGAUGCACUGCGUGUUUUUGGUCAAAUGUUGGCUGAGAACAUUAAGCCUAAUGAGAUCAGCAUCCUGGCGGUUCUAAAUGGAUGCAGCCAUUCAGGUUUAGUAGAAGAAGGUUCAUUAAUCUUCCACAGAAUGGAAAUCUCGUGGGGGGUUUCACCCAAGAUUGAGCACUACGGAUGCUAUAUUGAUUUACUUGGCCGUGCAGGUUACUUAGAGAGGGCAUACGAAGUUGUUAAAAGCAUGCCCAUUGACCCUGAUAUUGUUAUAUGGAGAGCUCUGCUUAGUGCCUGUAGAAUCCAUCACAAUGUGAAUCUUGGAGAGCAGAUCUUAAGUCAUGUUGAGCAACUGUACUCUGGUGAUUGUGGUGGAGGUGAGGUACUUCUUUCUAACUUGUAUGCUUCUCUGGGUAGACAGGAGAGAGUUGCUCAACUGAGGAAGGUAAUGGGUGAGAGAAAGAAUGAUACAAGCCCUGGUUGUAGUUGGAUUGAGGUGAAUGGCGUUGUUCAUGAAUUUCGAGUUGCUGAUCAGUUGCAUCCACAGAUUUUGGAGAUACGAGAAAAGUUGAAUGAAAUUAUGGAAAGAGUAAGCCUUGAAGGGGACAUUAAUUCGGAUAGUGAAAAAUUUAAGGACGUGUGAAGAUUGUCAUUCAGCUCUGAAGGCUAUUUCCAAAGUUUUUGGUAGAGAAAUUAUUGUUAGAGACCGUUCUCGUUUCCACGCAUUCAAAGAAGGAAACUGUUCGUGCAACGAUUACUGGUAAUUAUCUGUUCUUUCGUUGAUCUAGCUGUA